AUGCCGGUUCAAGCGGCAACCUUCGAGAUCAAGCCAAGUACCAUACAACUCUUGGAGAACCGUUGUGCCUUUUAUGGGUUAAGUCACGAGGAUCCAAAUGCGCACAUUGCUAGUUUCUUGGGUGUACUUAAUACGUUCAAGCUUCAUGGGAUAACCGCGGAUCAAACCAAGUUGAGGAUGUUCCCCGUCUCUUUAAGGGACAAGGCUAGUCUAUGGCUUCACUCGCUACCUAAUGAGUCAAUACGCACUUGGAGGGAGUUGGCGCAAGCCUUUCUCAACAAAUAUUUCCCUCAUGGCAAGACCACAAAGUUGACCAAGGAUAUACUUGAGUUUGUUCAAUUCGAAGGGGAGUCACUUUAUGAGGCAUGGGAGCGGUUCAAGGAUCUACAAAGGAGCGUCCCACAUCAUCGGCUCAAUAGAGAGCAUGUUAUUCAAAUCUUCUAUGAUGGGACAACUAUUACUACUAGAGGCACUAUUGAUGCGGCGUCGGGGGGAUCGCUAAUGCAAAAGACUUAUGAAGAAGCUCUUGACUUGGUGGAGAAAUUGGCCAUAGUUAGUAGUACAUGGGGGCCCAUAGAUAGAAGAGCGCCAUCUACUCAAAAGUCGUUGAUGACUCAUGAUCAAGUGAAAGAGAUGGAGGCCAUAAAAGCAAUAAAUACUUCACUUCAAGCUCAAGUAGAUGCUCUUAAGAGGCAAUUGAACCCAAGAAACGCUCCGGUAGCUUAUGUUCAAGUGGGAUGCGAGUUUUGUAGAGAUUUCAACCACUCGGGGGGAGAAUGCCUAGUUACGGGGCAAGCUUUGAGUGAGCAAGUGAACUACAUUGGGGGUCAAAGGCAAGGCAAUGCUCAAGGGUCUAAUCAAGUGGGUUCAAGUUUUCAAGGCAACAAUAGGCCUCCACAACAACAAGGUCACUAUGAAGGCAAUCAAGGUCAAGGGUACAACUAUGGUGGUAGACCUCAACACCCACCCGGUUUUCAACCACAACGGAAUGUGGAUGAUGGGAAUGUGCUUUACAAGGUGCUAGAGAAGUUGGAUAAAAUGGAGCAAAGAGAGCUUGAUGCUAGGCAAAGGGAGAAGAACCAAGCUUCCACGAUCCAUCAUUUAGAGACUCAAAUCUCCCAACUUGCCAUUAAUCUUCAAGGUAGACCUCAAGGAGGAUUGCCGUCCACUACGGAAACUAAUCCUAGAGAGCAUGUGAAAGCCAUCAAAGUUGUGGAGCUUCGAAGCGGUAGAGUCCUUGAUGUUGAUCAUAACAAGGAUUUUGAAAAAGCUAAUGGCAAGAGGCCAAUGAUUGUGGAGGUUGAGCCUCAAGUGGUAAUAGAUGUUGCAAGCUCUAGUCAAGAGCUACCAAAGUCUUGUGAGGAGGUGGCCAUUGAUAUUGAUGUUGAGGAACCAUAUGUGAGGCCACCACCACCACCACCUUUUGUGCCUAAAGUACCAUUCCCAAGCCGGUUGAGAAAGGCCCCGGACAAUAAAAAGUUUCAUAAGUUUCUUGAAAUCUUCAAGAAACUUCAAAUAAGUAUGAGCUUAGGGGAUGCCUUGCGAGAGAUGCCCCAAUAUGCUAAGAAAAUAUGUGGAAACCAACCGAUAAAACAAACUUCCAUGAUGCUCCAAUUGGCCGACCAUUCGCUCAAGAGACCGCACGGGGUUGCGGAAGACGUGCUAGUAAAAGUGGGCAAGUUCAUCUUUCCGGUGGACUUUGUUGUGCUUGAUUCUGCGGUCGACAAAGAUUGCCCCAUGAUUCUUGGGCGUCCUUUUUUGAAUACCGGGAGAGCAUUGGUUGAUGUUAAUGCGAGGAAGAUAACAUUGAGAAUGAAUGAUGAGAGCAUGGUGUUUGACAUCAAGCAUGGAAAAAGCAAGUGUGAGGAGGAGAAAUGCAUGAAGAUUGAUACUAUUGAGCCCACAUUGCAUGUGCCAAUAAAGGAGGUUCCUAAGAAAGAACCCGAAGUUGUGUGUGCAAAAAUCGAAACAACACCUCAUAUCAAGCCACGCAAAGGAAAACCAAAAUGUUGGGCAUCAUGGAAGUUGAAGCUCAACGGGAUAGCAACCGCAAGCAAGAGACAAAUAUGCAUGGACGUUGCUACUCUUGGUGAGUACGUCCAAGUUCGAACCUCUCAAGCACAUUCACAUGCGGGGAAGUUGAUUUCUAAGUGGAGCAGACCAUUUAAGAUACGGCGCAAAUUGAAUGAUGGUUUGAUUGAGUUGGAGGGGGCCAAUGGAGAUGUUUUUAAGGUGCUUGGAGAAUGGUGCAAACCAUAUCCUAGAGUGUUGAUCGAUGAAAAUCGCAAGCAAGUCGCUCUUUUUGAUCCUCCAUGA